GGGAGCGUAGUGUUCUUGUAAUCACCAGUAAAACGUCACAAUUAUUGGAAUGUGUAAAAUGUUGGUGUGAGUUUAACUCUCCAACACACAACAACCAGUUUCGUGCCGAACUAGUAAACUAGUUAGCACCACGUUUUGUUUACGUGACAAACCUUUAUCGAUUGGCUGUGUCGGGUGGUGGUUGUGGCGGCGUUUAACGACACAUUUACACAGGGUGCUUAAAAAAAAUGUGAACACUUCCGAGAAUUUGCAACAAUACCACGAGAAAUGUGCCUCGAGGCUCUGGCGACCACCUUGAGAAUAUUCCAGGCAUGUGUUGACAAUGAUGGCGAACAAGUGGAGACUUUGACUUUUUGAAGCUAUUAACAUACAUUUGUUAUCAUGUUACAGUAUAUUAUCUGUUCUUUUUCAAUUAAAAACGAUAGUCCCAUGUAACUGUUAAGAUGUUCUUAACUGUUAAGAUGUUCUUAACAGUUAUAAGAAAAUAUGCGUUUACGAAAUCUAAUUGAAAAAAAGCAAUUCGUAUGGAUAUUGAUCUCUAAAGCCCUACUACGCAUUUAAACAAAUAAAUAAACUAUUGAUAAAAGAUUGAAGUACAAAUUGCACGAGUAAAUGCCUUCCUGCAAAUUCGCCGUACCCCAAGUGCAAGCUUGCGGCACGGCAGCAAAAGAACAACAGCAGCACCAGACCACACCAAGACAAACAACACACAAGUCCCUCGAUGGAAUGCAUUGCACUUUGAACUUUAACGAUCGACGACACAGGGGUUGAGGUUCAAGAUACCAAAUAGCUGCUGUAUCGCGCACUUAUUCUCUGUUUCGGGGAUUAAAAUUGUUUAAGGAAUAUUUACGAUGUUUAGGGAGGUAACUAGGUUGUUCCAAAACGUUGGUACUGGCAUUGACUUUUUAACGUGAUCUAACCCCUCCCCCUCCAAAAAAAAUGCUUUAUUACGAAUAAUAAUAUUGGUCGCUAAACCUUACUUAUAACUGACUUUGUCACCCAUUCCAAUUUGUGUUCUAGGGAUAGUCAAAGGGCAAUUAGAUGGACGUCUUCGGUUUGACAAUGGGGUUAAUGAAUUAGCUAAGUAUAUAGUGCAGAUUUGCCGAGAAGUAUUUUAUGGAUUAACAGGGCCCAAUGUAAAAUUCUUGUUCCAUCAAGUGAUAUGAGAUUGGAUUUUAAGUAAAGGUCACAUUAGUGGGUCCUGUAUGGCACAUCCAGUGAACAUCGAAGAUCAUAAUGAUCAAAGUGGGUUUAGUCUGUUUAAUAAUUCAUUCGUAGCUGAUUGGUGUCACAGUAGUCAAUCAGUGGGAGAAUGACAGCUUCCACAAUUUGCAGGUGCAAUCGAAUGGGAAAACUGUACAGUAUUUGUUUCUGUAUAGAAACCCUAUUUUUUUUAGACAACAUUGGGAAGCCCUGUAAGAUUUGAUUCAGUAAACCCAAGCAUUUGAAGCACUCUGUUUGUUCAAUGAUGUGGUGUAUGAUAUCUGUAAUAGGGGAGAUGCAAUGAUACCGGAUUUUGGUUUGAAGGAGCACGAUCUUGGAGUUUAUUUUUGGGAUUCAAUUGCCCCCGUUAAUUCAGGAGCAAUGGUCGUGAUGACAAUUGACAUGGCAUUAAGUAGAAAUCGUGUGGGAGAUUUUGUUUGACUUCGUAUAAAGAUUUGCCCGAGACGAGCAUAACAAUGCCAAAACUCUGUACCUUUUGAGAAUGGCCUGAUAGGUAACUCUCAAACCAGUUUAUUGUACCGUAUGAACGUUUCAUUUGACCGCGGGUAGAAUAUCAUGGUUAACAAUAUCAAAGGCUUUUGACAGGUCUAGGAAUAUUGCAUAACAGUAGCGGACUUUAUCUGGUUCUGAUGAUGAUGUUGAUGAUGAUAUAGAUUAUGUUGAUGAUGAUGUUUAUGAUGUUAAUGAUGAUAGUGAUAAUGGAUGAUGUUGAUGAUGAUAUUCAUGAUGAUAGUAAUGAUAAUGAUGUUGUUCAUCACCACCAGAGCUCUGACAAUGGUGAAGAUGAAGAUGAUGGUGGUGGUGGUGGUUAUGAUCAACACAUUGGCCAAAAUCUGCCCUGGAGGCGCAACCACCUUCUCUCCGUCCUGGUACACGGCCAACUCCACCAAUUGGACCUCUGCCCCCACAGAUUCGCAUACCCCAACCGCUUACGUGGCCCCUGCCAACAGCAGCAACAGCUGUAUAUCGCUGCUGCCGCUGGGCCUGGGUCUGGGCCUUGGAUUGGGGCUGCCACUGCUGGCUGUGAGCUCCGUGCUCUGCUAUCUUCUCCUGCGUGGCCGGUGUGCACGCACAACCUCCAAGCCCCCUCCUGAGGAGGAAGGACAAGAGGCGACCCACGAAAAAGUCAGAUACGUCGCAAGGACACAGAGCAGCGGUCCCCAGGUUUCGCCAACGAGUGACUACAUGGACCCAUCAGACGAGGACUAUGCGAACCCAGAUCAGCCGCAGGUGAAUGAGGAUGACGAUAACUACGACGACAUCCUCCCGUACAGACCGGGCAGUGCCACCGUCCUCCCAAAUCGUGGAGUUCAGGGCUUGAAGCCUGAAACCUCCUCAUCCUCCCCCCAGGACUUCCAACCAGUAGCAGCCCCCCGAGUCAAGCGACACGACCACAGCACAGGGUUACAGCAGCAGCCGCAGCUGCCGCCACGUCCACCCAAACCUGAGGCUGAUCAACCUCUGGGAUCCGCGGCCUCAAAGUCCCAGCCUCCUCCGCCGGCGAGAGCUCCAGGCCACGGGCUUCGACAGGUCCCAGAUUCGGCUUCCAAACCUCUGCGAUCGGAAGCGCUGCCACUCCGACUUCCACCGCAACAAGGGGGUCUUCCAGGAUUGAGGGCUCCAUCUCCUGCAGCUCAAGGUUACAGAUCCCCAGCUUCUCAUCUUCCACCGUUGCGAGGUCCAGGCACAGAAGUUGCAGGCUUCGGAGGUCCAUCUCGCGAGGGCCAAGGCCCUGGAUCUACGGGUUGCAAUAUCCAGAAUCAAGGCCCCUCGGCCGAUGGGCCCAGGCGUCCGAAGAGCGCACUAUUUCCUCCACAACCCCACGGGGGUCGCAACGACAAGGGGGUUCAAGAGAUGGACUCCGUUUAUGAAAUUUCCCCACCCUGAGAAUGGCACUUACCCCCCCCCCUCGCAGCCUGUGUGGGCUACCUGGGGGGGGGGGUUACCUUUUAUACGCGUGCAUACGUCCGUUGGAACACAGCAAGUUGCUAGCGGGCCUUCAACAAUUCACGUGGCCUUAAAGGGCACAUAGCAUGACACAAGUGCCGUGGUGACAUCACCGCCACCUAGUGGCGAAUGGCAGUUGUUGUUGCUGUUGUGUACGUACGAGCGAUAGUGUAGCGGAUUAGCGCUACAGUGCUACGAACCCAGCGAACCAAGUUCGAUUCCUGCUCACGGCCACCAACACCAGUGAUAGCGAUUAUCUGAACUGAUCAUGGGCCUCCACCUAAGUCAACUCAGUCUCAAAUGAGUACUGGGUGUGGUGUGUAAACAUUCACCACUGAGGAGACAAAGGCGGCCGGGCAUAGUGUUGGCGACCAACCCCUCGUGUGCCGUGUCGGCCUUCAUAGUUGCUCGCUAACAGAACUUGCGCCAAGUCUAUUAGGGGGGUCUUUGUCUUUAUAUUUGUGUACGUGUGAUGAGAGCAAGGAAUUGUAUUGGUUGAGUUCCUGAUGCUAUACACCCUGAUCCCCUAAGUCCAACCCUGACCCCCUAAAACUCUCAAGAGACCCAGACUCACAUAGAGACCCACAGAGUCGCAGAUAUACCCAGAGACCCAGACUCAGAGACCGAUAUAAUCAGAGACCUACAUACUCGCAGACCCAUAGACUCACUUAGAAACCCAUAUAAUCAGACCUACACUCUCAGACUCAGAGACGCAUAUGCUCUCAGACAUAUAUACUCCAAGAGAGACCUACAGAAUCAAGACACCUAUAGACUCGUAUAGAGACCCAGAGACUCACAGAGACCCAUAGACGCUCAUAGAGACCCACAGACUCACAUAGAGACUCUUUGAGUACUCGGUGGCUGAGUGACGACAUUGGAGGUGGACACAGUGGAGCAGCGUUCAGGGUGGAGUUUUUUUUUAUUGGAUCGCGAUUUU